CUCAGAAAGUCACAUCAACUGUUCACUACAGCUCAAGCCACUGAAAAAACUAUUGAAAUAGACCUUGUUGUUCAGUGGGUGCCUAGUUAGUGGUACUAUGGUCUUUUUGUUUUCAGCAGGAACUGACUAAAAAUAGCAUAUGCCACAUUCAGCAUUUAUCCUUGGUUGCUAUAUUAUUGCCGGAAACGUCUUUUUUUUUGUUAGACGCACAAACUAACAGGUCUCUCUAACUGUCCAUUGUGUUGGCUUUCUACACUACACUGUUGAUUUAAAAGAAUGAACGGGGACAAAAGAGUUAAAAACCUAAGAACAUGUUGUUGAUGACUUUACUAUCCCUAGGACUGUUACAGUUGGAAUGAGCAUGCAGUUUUAAAUAGGACGGCCUGUCUUGUUCGGGGCUAUCUUUGGCACAGCAAGCCGUCAGACCCUAGGGACUGUGGACCCCUCAUUGUGUAUCACAACGGUAAACUCGAGGAGAGCACAAAGAGUCAGAGACACACAGUCAUAUCUGGACAGUCUCAACCACCACCAUGAAAUACCAUCUGGCCAACUCACAUGCUAACAGAGUUUCCAAGAAAUGUGGGCGUGUUUGGAACAGCUCUGUGACUUGACCUUGCCUGGCCCUACGCGAGAAAGUGGAUCCAGGAAUAACUAAUGAUAACUGACAGGGGGAACACUCCGAGUGCGUUUCACAUUCUACUGAAACUGAAAAGCCCACUGCAACCCUUCAGCUGAGGGUUUAAAAAGUCCAGUUUUAAUGGACCGCCCUGGUCCUUACCGUGCUGCGAGGGACUGUGUCUUGGCUGUCCCGCUUGCUGAAGCACUUUAACAGUGCAGAUUCACUACAAGCGCCUUGUCAUCAGCAUCGUGUUAAUGUGGUCUUCUACCUGCUACACCAGAGACCCACUUUCCCCCUGGUUAUAUGUACAAGACAUAAUGAAUGUACGUUUGAGCCAUGAGGAGUUUAACCUCGUGAUUCUUGAAGCUUGGACGCCGCCGUUUAACGUGAUGCAGUGCGAGUACAGCAGCUGUCAUUUAUUUCAAAGGAGGCAUGACAACGCCUGAUGCUCUGUGGUUGUAGCGCAGCUCUGAAGGUGGGAGGCGUGGGGUGGGGUCGGGAGCAUGGCUGAACCACGCCGUGAAAACACCAGCAGCCUGCAGAGGAAGAAGCCUCCAUGGCUGAAACUGGACAUUCCCACAGCUCAGGUGUCCAUGGAUGAGCCGCCGACCUUUGUUCAGCCGGUGAAGCGCCAGGGCUUCCUCCGAAGUAUCAGCAUGCCAGUGGAGUCCUCCCACAUCCGAUCCCCGCCUCGCGACCUCUUUGACCACCGCCGGCCGCCCCUGCAGCGCCAGUCCUCUAUCACCCAGACAAUUAAGAGCAGCAGGAGGGUACACUUUGAUCGGAUUAAUACAGUGCCUGUUAAGGGUCAGCGGGCAGCUCGCCGUGGUCCCAGGAAGCACCAUUCUCUCUCCAGAACCCUGCUCAGGGGCACAGCGGACUGGUUCGGCGUCAGUAAAGACGGGGACGCCACCCAGAAAUGGCAGAGGAAGAGUCUGCGGCACUGCAGCAUGCGCUACGGCCGUCUGAAGCCCCAGGUGAUCCGGGAGAUGGACCUGUCUAGCCAGGACAACAUCUCCCUGACCAGCACGGAGACGCCCCCGCCCCUCUACGUGCCCUCCUCGGCACACGCCUUUGGGAUGCAGAAGAUUGUAGACCCGUUGGCGCGGGGGCGGGCCUUCCGCAUGGUGGAGGAGGUGGACGGUUACAGCGUGCCCCAGACCCCCAUCACCCCCGGCGCCGCCUCCCUCUGCUCUUUCACGUCCUCCCGCUCAGGUCUCAACCGGCUGCCCCGGCGACGCAAGAGGGAGUCCGUGGCCAAGAUGAGCUUCCGGGCCGCAGCAGCUCUGGUGAAGGGGCGCUCUCUGCGUGAAAACACUACCCUCCGACGGGCCCAGAGGCGCAGCUUCACCCCAGCCAGCUUCAUGGAGGAGGAUGUGGUGGACUUCCCCGAUGAGUUAGACACGUCCUUCUUCGCCAGAGACUGUCUGAUUCAGGAAGAGUUGUCCACGUACACCGACGAGGUGUUUGAGUCUCCAGAGGUGGCCGUGCGGGACGCAGCAGAGGGCAGUAAACUGGAUGAGAUGGAGCUGACGGGCAGCGCCCUCGACAGGACGGAACUGGAAAGGAGCCAUCUCAUGCUGCCUUUGGAGCGAGGGUGGCGUAAGGCCAAAGAGGGCACCCCAGGACCACCCAAGGUGCCCCUGCGGCAGGAGGUGGUGAGUGUGAACGGACAGCGACGAGGCCGGCGCAUCGUUGUGCCUGUGAAAAAGCUGUUCGCUCGGGAGAAGCGGCCCUACGGGCUGGGCAUGGUGGGCAAGCUCACUAACCGCACUUACCGGAAACGCAUCGACAGCUAUGUGAAGAGGCAGAUUGAGGACAUGGACGACCACAGACCUUUCUUUACAUACUGGAUCACAGUAGUGCACUUGCUGAUCACCAUCCUAGCUGUCUGCAUCUAUGGUAUCGCUCCAGUGGGCUUUUCCCAGCACGAGACGGUUGAUUCUGUUCUAAGAAACAAAGGAGUGUAUGAAAAUGUCAAGUUUGUACAGCAAGAAAAUUUCUGGGUCGGGCCCAGUUCGGAGGCUCUGAUCCACCUGGGGGCCAAGUAUUCUCCAUGCAUGCGUCAAGACCAGCAGGUGCACAACCUGAUCCGGCAGAAGAGAGACAUAGAGAGACACUCUGCCUGCUGUGUGCGCAACGACCGCUCUGGCUGUCUACAGACCUCAGAGGAGGAGUGCUCGAGCACCCUGGCCGUGUGGGUGAAGUGGCCGAGGCAUCAGAGCACCCCUCGGCUGGCGGGUGUGGACCGACAGUAUGGCUCGGUGUGCCACCAGGAUCCCAGGAUAUGUCUUGAGCCAGCGUCUGUGACCCCUCACGAAUGGCCUGAUGACAUCACCAAGUGGCCAGUUUGCACCAGGUACAACACAGGGAACCACACCAACCUGCCUCACAUAGACUGCACCAUCACAGGCCGGCCAUGCUGCAUCGGUACUAAAGGGAGGUGUGAGAUCACAUCCAGGGAGUACUGUGACUUCAUGAAGGGCUACUUCCACGAGGAGGCUACUCUUUGCUCCCAAGUUCACUGCAUGGAUGAUGUGUGUGGUCUGUUGCCUUUCCUCAACCCAGAGAUUCCAGACCAAUUCUACAGACUGUGGCUUUCUCUUUUCCUGCAUGCCGGGGUCCUCCACUGCAUGGUGUCAGUGUGCUUCCAGAUGACCAUCCUGAGGGACCUGGAGAAGUUGGCCGGCUGGCUGAGAAUCUCCAUCAUUUAUAUCCUCUCUGGGAUCACUGGCAACCUGGCCAGCGCCAUUUUCCUGCCCUACAGAGCAGAGGUGGGUCCUGCAGGCUCCCAGUUUGGCAUCUUGGCCUGCCUGUUUGUGGAGCUGUUCCAGAGCUGGCAGAUCCUGGCCCAGCCGUGGCGGGCCUUCAUCAAGCUGCUGUGUGUGGUGCUGUUCCUCUUCGCCUUCGGCCUGCUGCCCUGGAUCGACAACUUUGCCCACAUCGUUGGCUUUAUCUCUGGCUUCUUCUUGUCUUUUGCCUUUCUGCCGUACAUAAGCUUCGGACGACUGGACAUGUACCGCAAGCGGCUCCAGAUCAUCGUCUUCCUGCUGGUGUUCCUGGGGCUGUUUGCCGGCCUUGUGGUGCUCUUUUACGUCUACCCAAUCAAGUGUGACUGGUGUGAGCUGCUCACCUGCAUCCCCUUUACAGACAAGUUCUGCGAGAAGUACGACCUCAACGCCCACCUCCACUGAUGAGAGGCGAGUUACCGCAGGAGGAGGGACUUCAGGUCAAAAAGGCAUCGACUGGCAAAAUUUACCAACCAAUCGCUGCUUCUGAUCAGCGCAUAGUGUCUAAGGAGGAAUGGUCGAUCCCUGUGUGGAACUUCCUGUCCUCCGGAUCUUUGAACUGAACUAUGAUCACAACAUGCUUUUAACGGUCUGUCCGUAUGAUUACGUAGGAAUGCCACUGCACUCGUUAUGAGGACUUGCUUUAAUCACAUUCUUUUUUACACACAAUAUUGUCUCUCCUCCACUGACCAAGGAGAGAAGGGUGUGGUCUAAACCCCUAUCCAAGCCCCGCCCAAAUCUCUCUCUUUGCGUGUGAGUCAGGGAUUGGUGGAGCCAGCACUGGUACAUAAAGAAAUAUUUCUGUACUUUUUGAAUUUCAUUUUCAUGUUUUUAACACUCACAGUCCAUGAGUCGGUUUUGCUAUUAUUCAAAACAACCAGGGUCAAACAAGUCCGACAUGAAUACCUAUGGUGCCUUGUUUAUAAAUGUACCAACUACUGCCAUGUUUUUGUUACAAUACGUUGAGCACUCGAAUGUUAUCCUUUUAUUUGUUUAUUGCUUCUUAAGAAGUAAUGAUUGAUUGAAAAAAGGUAGCGUUUUAGCUACCUAUCUACUCACAUGUAACUGAAUACAACAGUAAAAAAAUGCAAUCUGUCA